AUGUUACGUUUGGAAAAAGAUGAACUUGAGCAAUUUAUUGGCAUUUUGUAUUUGAUGAGUAUUGUGAAGCUCCCGUCAACACGUAUGUAUUGGAGCAAUGAGUUGUAUUUUGAAAAAGUUUCUGCAGUGAUGACAUUAAACCGAUUUGAAAAAAUAAAGUUAUUUUUACAUUGUAAUGAUAACAGACAGCGUCCAGAAAACUGUACUGACAAGCUUUACAAGAUACGUCCCAUCAUUAAUAUGCUGAAAGAAUCUUUUAUAAGUCUGAAACAUGACGAAAUCCUGUGUAUUGAUGAACAGGUUGUUCCUUUCAAAGGAAGAUCCUCGUUAAAACAGUAUAAUCCUCAUAAGCCAAAAAAGUGGGGUUUCAAGUUUUAUAUCUUAGCUAGUGUUGAUGGACUAGUUAAUAAUUUUGAAAUACAUUCCGGUUCAAUUGAUGUUUGUGAAGGACAGCCUGAUUUAAAAGCAUCUGGAAAUAUUGUAAUGCAUCUGUUAGUCAAUGUACCAAGGCAUAAAUGGCACAAGUUGUUUUUUGACAAUUGGUACACUGGGUUCGACCUGGUGAAAACACUUUACCACCAAGGCAUAGCAUGCACUGGAACAGUUCGUACAAACAGGCUUCCAAAUAUUAAAAUGCCUACUGAUGGUGAAUUAAAAAAAGAAGGUAGAGGAUCAACAGCCAUUAGGGUUACCACAGUUGAUAAUGUUGAACUUUGCACUAUUAAAUGGUUUGAUAACAGGGGUGUUGCAUUGUUAACAAGUUAUGAGGCAGUGAAUCCAAUAAACAUUGUAAACCGUUGGGAUAGAAAAACCAAGAGAAUUGUUCAAGUCAAACGACCAUCUGUUGUUACCACAUACAACACAUAUAUGGGUGGGGUGGACCUUCUUGAUGGCAUGUUGAGUCUUUACAGGAUCCAUAUUCGAUCUAAAAAGUGGUAUCACAAACUCAUUUGGCAUUUUUUUGAUUUGAUUGUAGUACAAGCAUGGAUACUCUACUGUAGAGACAUGAAAAAGUCACAAGCUUUAAAGAAAGAUAUUUUUCAAUUGCGCAUAUUUAAGCUGAAAGUUGCAAAAUGCUUAGUUCAGUCUGACAAGGCUUUAAGCAGUAGACGAGGACGACCAUCCACUUCUGUUGACCAUCUUCAUAGGUUAAAGAGGAAGAGGGGUCCUGCUGCAAAUUUACCUGAACCAUCCACUAGGAAAGAUAAUAUUGGUUAUUUUCCUUUUUUUGUUGACAAAAAAGGGCGUUGUAAGUAUCCAGGCUGCACUGGAAUAACGAAAGUUUUUUGUGAGAAGUGUAAAGUUCAUUUAUGCUUUACAUCUAAUUCAAAUUGUUUUCGAAAGUUUCAUGAAUAA